AAAGAGGUAUUAUUUAAUAUAUUUAAAAAAAAAAAAAUCCGGGAAAAACUCCAAUUUUUCCUCUUCGCGGAGGCGAACCAGGUUGUAAUGAUUCAACAAACAUCAUCUUCUUUGAUGGGUGACCGCCUUUGAGUAGGUUAGAUCAUCGUAUUCCUCGCCGUCUGCUUUAAUUGGGCGCGAACUGCUGCUGUUAUCAUUUCCGAUUUGAGCAAUCCCCAAUUUCAUCGAUAUUAAUCUCCCUAAUCCUGAAAACCCUAAAAAUUCAAUACGCCAAAUCAAACCCAACAAGCCGGUCAAGGAAUGGCGAGCUCACUGUUUGGCAUUUCGCCCUUGGUUGGUUGGGGAGUGCUGGAUAGCCCAGCCAAACCACGCCUCAGCUUGAAAUUUCGAAGAGCUCAAGCUCUCAGAAUGUCUUGUGAUUAUACUUGCUUCGAAAUCAGGGAUGUUAGCUAUCAACCCCCGGGGACACAGCUCAACCUUUUGAAUAAAGUUAAUUUUUCCCUUCCAGAGAAAAGUUUGGGUUUGAUCUUUGGGCGAAGUGGAAGUGGAAAAACUACUCUUUUGCAGCUUAUUGCAGGGCUAAGCAAGCCAACAUCAGGUUCCAUUUAUGUUCAAAGAUAUGGGAAUGAUGGCAAUCCAAGUCAGUCACCUGAACCGUUGCCUCCUGACGGUGUUGGUGUUGUCUUUCAGUUUCCUGAGAGAUAUUUUGUGGCAGACAAUGUGCUUGAUGAAGUUAUGUUUGGGUGGCCACGGGAGAGGGGUGGUCUUCAGUUGAAAGAGCAGCUUGCUUCACGACUCCAGAGAGCUUUUAAUUGGGUUGGACUCGAUGGGAUCUCCUUGGAAAAAGAUCCCUACUCCCUAAGUGGUGGCUACAAACGCCGGCUUGCCCUAGCAAUUCAAUUAGUACGAAUUCCAAAUUUACUGCUAUUAGAUGAGCCUCUUGCUGGACUUGAUUGGAAGGCUCGUGCGGAUCUUGUGAAGCUGCUAAAGCAUCUAAAGAAAGAAUUAACUAUACUUGUUGUCAGCCAUGACCUCAAGGAGUUAGCAGCUCUAGUUGAUAAGUCUUGGAAAAUGGAAAUGGGUGGAUUUCUUAAGGAAGAGCCUUUGCCAGUUUAAUUUUGUGGUCAUACCAUUUGUGCCUCAUCAACAUGUGAUGCUAUGAGGCAUGGCUGUGUCAUUUGAUACCUGUGGAAGCUCACCUCUCCGCAUGCGAUGAUUGCUAAAUAUGGUAGGUGCUACUGUUCAAGGAGCCCACAUGCUGGGGUGGCUGCUAGUAGACUACUACACCCCACAAGCAUCUCUUAAAGUGAACCGAGGAGAAAGCUGUCAUAAGCUCAGAGACAAACCAUGAAGCUCAGCAUUUAUCGUGCUCUAUGGUUAGAUAAUUUUUGUGACAACAAUAGUAACAAGUGAACUGUCAUCUGUCACUGUAUGUAUAUUGAAUUGGUACAAUACUUCUAUACCAACACGUUGAUGCGUAUUUUGCCAACUCUGUAUAUAAUAUAUUCUGGUAGCGUUCUAUGA